AUGACACAAUUAAAAAAGAUUUUAAUAAAGGAAUCUGGCAUUGAUUUAACUGAUGAUCAAAAAAUUGUUAACCAUAGUUAUCGUAGAAUAGCAAUUCAAAUGCUAAAAGAUGAAGAUAUUCCAGAAGAUGAAAUAUAG